UCUCAGUCUCGUCUUUUAGUCCGUCUUUGUUAUCUUUUUUAUCCUCUUUCCAUGCAAGCCAAGAGCUCCGGAGAUUUCGAUAUCGAACACCCGAAACCUCGGGAGAAGAAAAGAAUACAUUGUAUACCGGAAAAGGGAACGCACCAACCACGAAACGGAAAAGGGAGAUGGUAUGACGCAGGACAGGCAGGUGGAUCGCCCUCAACCGUGGUUGCGUCUCGACAAUUCUCGUCUUUCAUUCCGAGCUCCCUUAUCAGGGAUUGAAGACGGAAUCAUAUUUUCCGGGCUUCGAAUGAUUAUGAAGAAAAAAAGAAGAAGAAAAAAGAAGAAAAAAGAAGAAAAAAGAAAAAAAAGAAAAAAAAGAAAAGAAGAAGAACAACGACAAAAGACAGGGAAACCAAUGCAUGUCGCAUCAGCAGCCUCCCGUCCACGGUUACAUUUAGUCUUUCGAUCAUUCGACCCCUCAGAUCUGAAAGUUUAGCCUCUUUUCCCCACUGCUCUACUUUCCAAGGUACUUUCUACUUUCUACUUUGUACUUUCCCCCUCAUUCUCUCGUCUCUCGUUUCCACACAAAGUACCACGUAUAUCC